AUGGAUUCAAUGGAUAACUUAAUCAUGGUGCGAGAUUCUUCUGGUCGCGGGCCAGCUAAAUCUACUAUUUUACAAACUCGUGCUUUGUCAAUCACAGAUCCGGUUAAAGAAAUGGAAAUAUUGGAAAGUAUUGAAGCAGCGUAUUUCAUCGAUGAAGGGUUUGAUGCAACCGACUAUGAACUGAAAAAAGUCAUUUUGCCUGAAGAUCUAACUGGAGAAAUGGACAAAUUAAAACAACAAUUACAAGUUGUUUCUAAACGAGUGUCGGCAAUGAUUAUGCAGGACUGGCCAUCUUAUUCAUCCCAAUUGAAAGGCAUCGGUGAAAUCCAAAAGGAUCUAGAUAAUAUUCUAUCGGCAAUGCAGGACAUGCGAAAGAAACUUGGUCAAGCGAAACUUGAAAAUCAAAAUGGUUUGGAAAUAAUCGCAAAUUACAGAAAUCGAAUAUUUUUAAAGAAAUUACUGUCGUCUCUCGAGAGCAUUAAAACAUUAUAUGAAGUGCAAUUCCAAAUUAAGGAUCUUGUGCAGGAGGAAAAUUUUCCUGCAGCUAUUAGUAUGUGCUAUGAAGCACAGAAAGCUACAGUAACUUUUAGUCGAUUCAACUGUGUCAAGGAAUUAUCAACAAAAUUGUAUGAAGCUCUGGAAGACAUCGAAAUAAAUUUAGACAAUUGUUUAGCAUCAAUAACGAUUUUAUUCAGUGUUGAUCGUUACUCAUCGAUUUAUACUGCUUACAAACUGUUGGGUAAAGCUAAGGAAUGCGCAGUGAAAGUAGUUGGCUUUACUCAUGCAACUUUGGAAAGUUCAGCGAGAACUGUUAUCAUUGAUAAGAUAUUUUCGAUUAAAACUGAAGCAAAAAUUGAAGAAUUAUCAUAUGAACAGCUUUGUGAGGCUGUGAACAUGGGGCAGAUAUUAGAUUGUUUGCGUGAACUGGGAUUUGUUAUUUGUAAAGUGUUGUUUACAUAUCACUCCAUUUUGCUUUUUCAUAUAGAUGAAGAUGAAAGAUUGGAGUAUGCACACGAAGAAUGUGAAAAUUUGGGCAUUGCUCGUAAGAUUCUCGUGGAUUCUUUACACUCUAUUUUCAAGACUGCAUCAGUGAAAUUCAACACUUUAUUAUAUUGCCAUGAUCUGUCUCUUCUAAAAAUCGAUCAAUUUCUAGAUAUUAUUGGAAUGUCAAACCGGUUCAAGCAGUUUGGUCGUACUUACUUCGGUAGCAUUUGUGGUGAAGUCGCAAUGUCAUUGGAAAAACAAAGUCAUUUAUAUUUCAAAAGAUUCCAUUAUGAACGAAUGGAUGAGUUACGCAUGUUCUUGGAAAACGAAGCUUUUGCCUUAUGUCCGAUACCAUUACAGUUUACUCUGUUCGAUUUGCAGGAAUUCAGUUUCCUAAAAGAAUCAAAUGAAUGCCAAAAAGGAGUAGGUUUUUCUGUACAUUCCGAAACUGAGCUGGAUGUGGUCGAACCCUCGGACUUUCAGAUUCUUCAACCGACCGACGUGAAUCCUUUCACAAUGGGAGUUGCAGAUAUAGGUUCAUCUACUGAAGACAUAGAUAUUGCCGCUAUUACAAGUGUGAAGAAUUCGUCGAACGAUGAUACGGAUAGCGACAGGUAUGGUGUGGAUGAUAGUUUCUCACAGCUGGCUCCAAUUCUUUGUAACACAUCGUUGAAUCUCUUACGCUUUAUUGGGAAAUACAUUCGAAUGACUUACAUGCUUCACUCAAUUGCUGACCAAGCUGUAAACGGUAUUUUUGAACUCUGCAGCUAUUUCUUCUUUGCGAUGUAUUCGUCCUUCACUUCAAAUACACACAGUGUUGCCAAUUCUUUUUUCUCUUCAAACUUAAAAAAUGUUAUGGACAGUUUAGAAAGUGAUUUAUUCAGUGGUGAUUCACCUUCAAAAGUUGCAAGCAGUUGUAAACGUUUUCCAUGCACAUUGCUCCAAGAUCUUAAGCUGGAUUCAGGGUCUAAUUGUGCCUUACGUCAACGCAUUGUUGGCGCUGAAUCCAUAAAUUUUAUUUCUAAACAACUUGAUCUCAUUCGUCCAGUCAUCGAGGCGCUGGUUAAUCGUGAUGUCACCGAAAAGUAUUAUACGGAGGUCUUGGUGGUGAUACCAGAAAUGAGAGAGUGUAUAUAUGGUUGUGCAGUAAGCCGUUUAAUUGAUUAUGACUGGUUUGUGAAUGAUAUAAUGACAACGAAAUGGAAUAUUGAUCAACUCCAAUCGCAGCAUAGUGCCUAUGUUGAUAAUAUCUUACAGGAAUUUUCAAGAAUUAAAGAUUUGCUUUCGGAAAUCGCAGAACAAAUACCAAUCACAAAGUCUGUUCAAAAGACUUUUUGGAGCUCAGUUAUAUAUUGUACAUUUAAUGCACUUGUCAAAGGCUAUGGUGAAUUCGGGAAGAAAUGCUCGAAUGAAGGACGUGCAUUAAUGCAGUUAGAUUUCCAGCAGUUAAUUGCAAAACUCGAACAACUUGUCGAUUUCAUGCCGAUUCCACAUAAAGCAUAUGUUGAAAACUACAUCAAAGCUUAUUAUUUGCCUGAAAGUUCGAUGGAAUCAUGGAUUUUGCAACACAAAGAAUACACAACGAAUCAAAUCAUAACACUAUUGAAUGUAGCGACCCAUAUUUCGAAAAAAGCCCGAACCCGAAUUAUUAAUGCACUGGAGGAAUAA